CCGCCCUUUAAUGUAGAAAUUAGCAACGGGUUCUCCGUGUGGCUAUGCCUCCUCCUCCCUGCCUUGGUAGGAACCAGCAAACUCUUGCUGGGAGAGUCUGAUAAGCUUUAAAAGAGGUGGCAAGGAAAACCAGCUCCCUGUGGACGCUACCCAUAUGGAAAUAGGCCAAGACUGGAAACACCUUUAGGAAGACGGGUAUCCAAGCAAGCAUGUAUUAAGGACCUACUGUAACUGGCUUAUUGAGCAGUCUUGGUUUAUUGGGAGACACUAAUGCCUUGAGGGAGCGAAUGAGUCAUAGAAGCUGAAGAAGCAACUGCCGUUCUUCCAAAAUACCCAGAGAGAGGCAACGACAGACCAUGGGCAGCAUCGAACAAACAACUGAGAUCCUGUUGUGUCUCUCACCUGCUGAAGUUGCCAAUCUCAAGGAAGGAAUCAAUUUUGUUCGAAAUAAGAGCACUGGCAAAGAUUACAUCUUAUAUAAAAGUAAGAGCCACCUGCGAGCAUGCAAGAAUAUGUGCAAGCACCAAGGAGGCCUGUUCAUAAAAGAUAUCGAGGAUUUAGACGGAAGGUCUGUAAGAUGCACAAAACACAACUGGAAGUUGGAUGUGAGCACCAUGAAGUAUAUCAAUCCUCCAGGCAGCUUCUGUCAAGAUGAACUGGUUGUGGAAAAGAAUGAAGAAAAUGGACUUUUGUUUCUAGAACUGAAUCCUCCUAACCCCUGGGAUUCAGAGCCCAGAUCUCCUGAAGAUUUGGCUUUUGGGGAAGUGCAGAUAACAUACCUGACUCAUGCCUGCAUGGACCUCAAGCUGGGAGACAAGAGGAUGGUGUUUGACCCUUGGUUAAUCGGUCCUGCUUUUGCCCGGGGAUGGUGGUUACUACAUGAGCCUCCAUCUGACUGGCUGGAGAGGCUGUACCAAGCGGACCUAAUUUACAUCAGUCACAUGCACUCAGACCAUCUGAGUUACCCCACACUGAAGAAGGUUGCUGGAAGAAGACCAGAUAUUCCCAUUUAUGUCGGAAACACGGAAAGACCUGUCUUUUGGAAUCUGAAGCAGAGUGGUGUCCAGUUGACUAAUAUCAAUGUAGUGCCAUUUGGAAUAUGGCAGCAGGUAGACAAAAAUCUUCGAUUCAUGAUCUUGAUGGAUGGUGUUCAUCCUGAGAUGGACACUUGCAUUAUCGUGGAAUACAAAGGUCAUAAAAUACUCAAUACAGUGGAUUGCACCAGACCCAAUGGGGGAAGGCUGCCUAUGAAGGUUGAUCUAAUGAUGAGUGAUUUUGCCGGAGGGGCAUCAGGCUUUCCGAUGACUUUCAGUGGUGGAAAAUUUACUGAGGAAUGGAAAGCCCAAUUCAUUAAAACAGAAAGGAAGAAACUCCUGAACUACAAGGCUCGGCUGGUGAAGGACCUACAACCCCGAAUUUAUUGCCCUUUUGCUGGGUAUUUUGUGGAAUCUCACCCAUCAGACAAGUAUAUUAAGGAAACAAACAUCAAAAAUGACCCAAAUGAACUCAACAAUCUUAUCAAGAAAAAUUCUGAUGUGUUAACAUGGACCCCACGACCUGGAGCCACUCUUGAUCUGGGUAGGAUGCUAAAGGAUCCAACAGACAGCAAAGGCAUCAUAGAGCCUCCAGAGGGGACUAAAAUUUACAAGGAUUCCUGGGACUUCGGACCAUAUUUGAGAAUCUUGAAUGCUGCUGUAGGAGAUGAAAUAUUUCGUCACUCAUGCUGGAUAAAAGAAUACUUCACUUGGGCUGGAUUUAAGGAUUAUAACCUGGUGGUCAGGAUGAUUGAGACAGAUGAGGACUUCAGCCCUUUUCCUGGAGGAUAUGACUAUUUGGUUGACUUUCUAGAUUUAUCCUUUCCAAAAGAAAGACCAAGCCGGGAACAUCCGUAUGAGGAAAUUCGGAGCCGGGUUGAUGUCAUCAGACACGUGGUGAAGAAUGGUCUGCUCUGGGAUGACUUGUAUAUAGGAUUCCAAACCCGGCUGCAGCGGGAUCCUGACGUAUACCAUCAUCUGUUUUGGAACCAUUUUCAAAUAAAACUCCCCCUAACACCACCCAACUGGAAGUCCUUCCUGAUGUACUGCGGGUAGAGAGGACCUGAGAUUUCCCAGUUCACAGGGAUACCAAGCAACAUGAAAAAUUCAAGUAUUUGCUGAUGCUACAUCUUGAACAUAGACGCUUAUACCAAAGAGACCAUGCCUUAUUGACAUCAGCAGUGGAUAAUUACAUGUCGCAUUUGUGAAAUGUUCACAUAUCUUAACGUUUGUUGGAUCACUACAUAGCCAGAUUAUUAAUAUUUUACUUAUUCCGUCAAUAAUUUUUUAUAAAAGAACCAAUGAAUGCAAUAGGAACAACUUCUCUGUGGAAAAGAAAGAUAACAGGAGAUGUAAAUCCAAGCACAGAAGAAAUAGAACGGGCGGAGAAAAGGUUUCCUAGAAGACAGUGAAGAAAAAGGAAAGGGGUGGGGGAGCAGAAGUUAAGCUAGAAGAAGAGAAGAAAGAAGAGACAUAGAAAAAUGAGAGGCAAUAAGAAGAAAAUAGGGAAGAGAAAAAUUAAGAUGGAACUUAAAAAGGAGAAUGUAAAAACAGACAUUUUGCUCCUUAAUAGAUUGAUUCCCCAAACAGAGUCCAUGAAUCUAAUUGAGUAAGAAGUGUUCAUGAGCUGUUUUCAAUUUUUCAAAAAACUUUGUUGAAAUCAUCUGUUUACCAAAACAAGGCUGCAGAGGUUACCCUAAAAUGUAAUACUUCCGUUGGGACUGAAAGUAUUUUAAUUCGGUAACACAAUCUGUUAUUUAAUGUAAAUUAUAAAUUCUAACAAAUGGCGGUAUCUUUGACUAAAAAUAUGAACACUAGCUAGUGAUAAAAUGAGUUUUAUAGACAAUAAUUUUCAAAAUCGAUAGAAUAAUCAACAAUAAAGACCCAUAUCUUGAAAAAAUUAGGAAAUCCUCUUCUGAACAUUUGAAAAUGCUGUUGCAAUGGUUAAAAUAGGCAACUAAUUUACUUCUGCUGAUGUCUGUAGUUUUUGAUGAUAUUCCCAUGAUUAUCACAUUAUGCCUAGGAAUAUGUGAUUGUUAACUACAUUUCUAUUUUACAUAUUGCUGUUUCAAGUAACACAAACCCCUCAUUGAUCUGAACAUCAAAAUUGAUUUUCUGAUUAUGUAUACUACCUCUUUAAUUCUGAAGAUACAAGAAUCCAGUGAUGGAAUUUAUCUCCUUAAAUCUCUUGAUUAUCUAAUUCUCAUAAAGAUGAACACCAGUGAAGUUUGAUGGCUCUGGUUCACUUCACACAUUAUGCAUAUAUUUUGUGAUUUUGUGAUUUACAUUAUGCAUAUAUUUUAUAAAUUAUUUAACUAUCACCAAAAAAUAAAUGUAUAUC